GUCGCCUAGAGAGGGUGCGGAGUACGUGUGUCUGUGAUCGCAGUGGAACACGUCUUGAACACGUCUGGGUUCACGGGUGAUGAGUGAAUGAUGGCAGAUCCUCCUCCGGUUUUGCUACUGCUGUGCUUGUUGGUUUCUACCGCCAUAUUCUGCUCUUCAGUAUCAGGCCGCCGAGCUAGAAGCAUCGAGUCGAAUGGAAUUCCAGCGCCCGUGGAAGAAUUCAACAAUGAGGCGCUGUUGCCGAGGUUCGCUGAGCCUAUACAGAACGUCACAGUCACCGUAGGUAGAGAUGCUCUACUCGCCUGUGUCGUCGACAACCUUAGAGGCUACAAGGACUUGCGUGUGUCCUGGCAGGUGGCGUGGGUGCGAGUCGACACCCAGACUAUUCUGUCCAUCCAUCACAACGUCAUCACCCAGAACCCGAGGAUCACCCUGAGCUACAACGACCAUCGCUCGUGGUACCUCCACAUCAAGAAUGUCCAGGAGACGGACCGCGGCUGGUACAUGUGUCAAGUUAAUACUGAUCCAAUGAGAAUGCGGCAGGGUUACCUUCAGGUUGUUGUGCCACCCAGUAUAGUAGACAAGGAGACCUCCACAGACAUGGUGGUGAGAGAGUCAGCCAACGUGACUUUGACGUGCAAAGCUGUUGGUUAUCCCGAGCCUUACGUCAUGUGGCGAAGAGAAGAUGGCGAGGAUAUCAACUACAACGGCGAACCUGUGAACGUGGUAGAUGGAGAGGUUCUUCACAUUACCAAGGUCAGCCGACUACACAUGGGAGCCUAUCUGUGUAUAGCCUCUAACGGCGUCCCUCCUUCCAUCAGUAAAAGAGUCAUGCUCAGAGUACAAUUUCCACCAAUGCUGUCGAUCCCUAACCAGCUGGAGGGAGCCUACAUUGGUCAAGAUGUCCAGCUGGAGUGCCAUACUGAGGCCUAUCCCACCUCCAUCAACUACUGGACUACAGAGAAAGGCGACAUGAUCGUCUCUGACUUGCUGGUUGCAGGAGACAAGUACGAGGCUGUGUCUAUGGACAACGGCUACAACAAGUACAUGAUGCUGAAGAUACGAGGAGUGACUCGUCAGGACUUCGGCUCGUACCAGUGUGUCGCCAAGAACUCACUGGGGGAGACCGACGGCCUCAUCAAACUUGAUGAAAUACCAGCACCAUCAACGACAUCUACCUCAACAUCAAUUACUCCAGUCGUGCCAAAUACAAAGAAGAAAAUAAAAUCAAACAAAAUGAAGAACAAACCUGGAAAGCAGAAGCCAGCAGACAACCAGGUGUUGGGGGACUAUGAUGGAGGCAGCAAUGCUGAGUGGCAUGCACCUGGAGACUAUCCUGACGGGCUUUCCUCCAAGGGGCCUCCCAUUGGUCUAAACGGAGACGUCUCCCCCCUCCACUCACAACACCUACGUCAUCAUCUGCUCUACACAUGUUUAAUGGUGAUACUGUUCAGGUGAUGGACAUACGUGUAGACACUGAAUGUUACAAUGUGAUUACCAGUGUUGUCAACAUUACAAAAGUGUUUACAAAACUAAGUUACUAAAUUGCUUAGCUACUAAGGUCAAGUAUCGUUGUUCUGAUUAUAAGAAAACAAAUUACUAUGUAAAUAAAUUAGUCAAAGUUGCGUGAAUUCAAAAUAUAAGGUAAAAUAGUUAAAUCAAAACUUGUUUUUGUUUUCAAAAACUGCAAUAUAAACAUUUAGCUUAAACUAAUCAAAAGUGGUUAAGCUUAAGUUCAAUUUUUAGACUGUAUUUAUGUACUAUAGUAACAAAAAUACAGUUUUCUCCAAGCUAAA